AUGCGGCCCCUGCUGUGCGCGCUGGCCGGGCUCGCCGUGCUCCGCGCUGCGGGCGCCUUUGCGGCUGCUGAACCCUCCAUCCCCUCCCGAGGAGACACAGCCUGGAGCACAGGGUGUGACAGAAUCAUGGCUGUCCAAGACCGUCUAGAUGUCAUAGAGGAGACGGUGGAGAAGACAGUGGAGCACCUGGAGGCAGAAGUGAAAGGCCUGCUGGGUCAGCUGGAGGAGCUGGCCUGGAACCUGCCCCCGGGUCCCCUCAGCCCGACCCCCGACCUCCUUGGAGAUGGUGAGCAGCUCAGAUCACUUCUGAGUCUGGGGAGCAAGAAGCCCAGCAGCUGGAAGUGAUACCCGUCAGCUCCCCUCCGAGACAGAGCCGCUGUGCACCCUGGACACCCCUCCUCAGUCUGUGCCCAAUAAAAGCUACUCCUUUGACCCCCCGUGUCUGCUGACAGUGACCCCUACAACCACGGCUCCUUCUCCUUUGGCUCCUACCCCCUGAGACACUCAGGCCCUUGCAGGCUGUGCUUCCACAGAGUAGGGGCUAACCAGAGGGGGUCACCCAAGGUCCAGAAUUAAGAUGACACAGCAGAAGGGCCCUUGGAGUGGCCUUGUUACAUGUGACCAGGGAGGAGCAGUAGCACCAUCACCGGGGGGCCUGUCAGAAAUGAAGAAUUUGGGGACCCAUCCAGACCUCCUAACUCAGAAUCUACAGUUUAGAGAUCUCCAGAGGAUUUGUGUGCACACUAUAAAGUUCUUUAAAUUUUUCCAUUGAGGUGAAAAUCACAUAACAUGAAAUUCCAACUUUUAAACUUCAGAUCCAAUAACUUACAGUAGAUUCACAAUGUUGUACACUCGUGACCAAUUCCAGAACAUAUUCAUCACUCCCAAAAGAAACCCUGUACCUAACUAGGCAGUUCAUUCCCUUUCUCCCUCCGAUCAGUUCUUGGAAACCAGUAGUAUUUCUCUGGAUUUGCCUUUUCUAGACACUUCAUAUAAAAAGAAAUCAUACAGUAUAUGGUUCUCUGUGACGUUGUUCAUUUAGCAUUUUCUCAAGCUCUGUCCAUGUUGUAGCCUGUGUCAGUACUUCAUCCUCUUUUAUGACUGAAUAAUGUUCCAUUGUAUGGAUGUGCCACAUUUUAUUCAUCUACGCAAUAACUGGUGGGCAUUUAGGUCAUUUGUGGCUGUUAUGAACAUCGAUGUAUUUUUUUUUUUUUUAC